AUGGAUACCCAGAGUCUCUUCAAUGUGGAGGGCAAAGUGGUGCUGGUCACCGGCGGAGCCAAAGGCAUUGGGCGCAUGAUCUCCGAAGGUUACGUCACCAACGGCGCAACAGUUUACAUCUCGUCUCGAGAUGCCAAGGCUUGCGAGAAGGCCGUGCAGGAGCUGAAUGCUAUUGGCCGGGGAAAGGCAUAUGCUAUUCCCGCGGACUUCUACAAGGAGGAGGAAUGCAAGAGGCUAGCUGAAGAGAUUGCCAAGCGCGAAAGCAAGCUUCAUGUCCUCGUGAACAACUCCGGGUCAAACUGGGGCGCUCCUUACGAUGAAUAUCCCUCGUCUGCCUGGACCAGAGUUCUCACCCUGAACCUUCAACGAGUCUUUGAUCUCACCAAGCUCCUCACGCCUCUUCUUGAGAAGGCUGGUGCGCCGACUGAUCCAGCUCGUAUCAUUAACAUCGGUAGCAUUGAUGGGUUGAGAGUUCCAGCUCUAGAGACGUUCGCAUACAGCGCUAGCAAGGCUGGCUUGCACCAUCUGAGCCGUGUCCUCGCACAUCACCUUGGCAGGAGGAAUAUCACAUCCAACACCCUUGCUUGCGGUCCCUUCGAGAGCAAGAUGAUGGCCGCCACGUUGGAGAAAUUCCGGGAUGCUAUCGAAGGUGCUAACCCACUGGGCCGUAUUGGCACGCCUCAGGACGUCGCUGGUGCUUGCCUUUUCCUCAGCAGUCGGGCCGGUUCGUACAUCAAUGGUGCGACGAUCGCUGUGGACGGUGGUAGCGCGAUUGCUGCGAAGAUUGUUGACGUGAAGGAGUUGAAGACCUAUCAACAGCUAUUUCUGUACUUUGUUCCCAUUGUGGCCAACGCCGGGUUUAUCAAUUUUAUAGUGGUCGUUGUGCGACUGCACUGGUUCGAGAAGCAUCUGAAAAACCUGGCACCUACUCUUCUGCAAUCAGAAUCAUCGCACGCGAAAGAUGCAGAAGCGCGACCAGCCAAGUUCAAUGCCGAUGGGCCUCCAGAAGCCAAUACAGGGCAAUUGCACUCGAGUACUGUAUUUGAUAAUCAGUUGAAGCUGGCUAAGGAAUACGAUUGCAUCGUCACAGACAAUGACAACAACGGCGACAACAACUCGACCAAACACAGACAGAUUUCCUUUGCAGAAGACUCAAAGACUUUACACAUACCCUCGCCGCGCGAACGCGAUAGAGGUCAUGCUAUCACCGAGAUAGACGACCACGACCAUUUCAAACGCGCCGAAGAUGAAGAUCAUCAGACCGAUAUAGCUCGCCAUCGAACUUUGGUCAGCGGCAUCCCGCUGAAGCGUGUGGCUUCGUCGAUGUUUGUGCUAGGGUCUUAUCCCUCUAGAUCUCAAGAGCGACAGUCUAGGAGAACCAUCCCCCUUGCUAAAGACCCGCAGCUGCCGCGCCUUUCGUCACAAGCCAGUCUCGGCAGAAACUCAACGUUCUACAACCUGACCUCUGAAGACAGAGAGGCGCUGGGAGGAAUAGAGUAUCGCAGUCUCAGGCUACUUCUGAAGAUAACACUUGGCUAUUUUGUUGGCCUCCAUGUCUUUGGUGUCAUUUGCCUCGUGCCUUGGAUUCAACAUGCGGAUCCCAAAUACAGGGACUAUCUGAAGGAAUGCGGACAAGGAAACGUCUGGUGGGCCUUGUACACGUCCCAGACGAUGGUUGACAACCUAGGAUUCACACUUACUCCUGACUCGAUGGUCUCGUUUCGAGACGCGGCAUUCCCGAUGUUCGUCAUGAGCUUUCUCGCGUACGCAGGCCAUACUAUGUACCCCUGCUUUCUGCGCCUCAUCAUCUGGAUCGUGUUCAGAUGCGCCCCGGAACAUUCAUCCCUCAAGGAGCCGCUGAGCUUCUUGUUGAAUUAUCCACGCCGUUGUUACACGCUGCUCUUUCGUAGCCGACCUACAUGGGUGCUCUUUGGAAUUCUUUUUGCGUUGAACUUUGUGGACGUCUUGCUCAUUGUGCUGCUUGAUCUCCAUAAUCCAGCCGUCAACACUUUAUCCGGUGGGCAGCGCGUCCUCGCGGCCAUUUUUCAGGCUGCUUCGGCACGCCAUACCGGAACUUCAUCCUUCAGCCUCGCAGAAGUGAACCCUGCAGUUCAAUUCAGCUUACUAGUCAUGAUGUACAUUUCGAUUUUUCCGAUUGCCAUCAGCAUCCGUGCAUCGAAUACGUACGAAGAACGUGCUCUUGGGCUAUAUCCCUCUGAUCAGGAUGAGCUGGAUGAAAGCAAUGGGAUUAAUUACGUGCUAACGCAUAUGCGCAAUCAGCUCAGCUUUGAUCUUUGGUAUAUAUUUCUUGGUAUAUUCUGUAUCUGUGCCACCGAGGCACGGAGGAUCAUGGACCCUUCGGAACCUGCCUUUAGCGUGUUUGCCAUAUUCUUUGAGGUUGUCUCUGCAUAUGGAAACGUUGGCCUCAGUCUGGGAUACCCCAAUGUGACAACCUCAUUCUGUGGACAGUUUAGCGUCUUUAGCAAAAUCGUCAUCUGUGCCAUGAUGAUACGAGGACGCCAUCGCGGGCUGCCAGUUCAACUUGAUCGUGCGAUACUGCUUCCUGGCGAACGCCUUGCGGGAGAUGACAGACUCGUUGCUGGGUCUUCUGCUGGACGUCGAUCCCAGACACUGAACAGUUUUAGACGAUACCAUACAAAAUAG